GUAAGAACGUAAAAUUAAAAAAUGGUGGUUCGUAUAGUAAUAUCAGGGGAAUCCCAGUGCGAGCUAUUUGCGGAGAUGUGCUUGGUGGCUGACCAUUUGGCCCAAAAUCUACCUGACUUUUGUUAUGAAAGAUUGGAGAAAAAAGUGCAUGAAUGGCAGACCUGGCUGAGUAAAAUAAAUCAAAAAAAUAACUGGCAUCAUCAAGGUUCCCCUUUGAUUUGGAAAGAGUUAUUACGUAAAGGAAGUAAGGCUUAUUAUAUUGGAGGCGCCUCAGAAUUUCUAGAUUAUUGUCAUUCUUACUACAAUUUUGAAAAAUUUAUGACUUUAGAAAAAUUUGGAGGCUUAGUUAAUAAUUAUAAGCAAUACCAAACGAAAGUUAGAGAAGAUAAUCAAGUUAUAGCAGAAGUCCAAGAAAAACAAGAAAUUCCAGAAUUGCCACCCAAAUCGACUUUUUAUAUUUGUAUUUCUGGUGCUGGAUGUCCUAUGACAAAAUACUUGAUAAUGGGUUUACUAAAAUUGAAUUCGAAUAAUAAAAGUAUUGCGAAGAUUUUUAUAAAUGAUAGCAGGUGCGCCACAGACUUCAUGGAGUACGUGGAAGAAGAAUGUAGUUAUAUCUCUACUGUACACCCUGGAAAGGUGGUGAAAUAUAUAGAAAAAAUUGGUCUUGUUCUAUCGUUCACUGAUUUACUAAUAAUUUUAGAUCACGUUCCUUUCGACCCAGAACUAGCAAUUGGUGAUUGGCUUCAUCGUAAUAAACAUUUAAUGGAAGAUAUCGCAGUUCAUAUAAACGUGUCAGCGUCACGAAAAAUGUACACUAUUCUUCCAAACUUGGGCCCUGCGUGUUACAAUGCAACGAUUCUGAUGAAUGCUACUACGAGUAUCAAUAAACAUAAUAUAGUAGUGGUUACGUCUGAUCUAGGAUUAGACAUUCUUCAGACUGUAGCAGAAAUUUCUGAAGUACCUAUGAAAAACAUAUAUUGUCCACCUGUUUGGGGUUUUGUGGGAAUCAAUCAUUUGGUUGAUGUUAGAACCACUAUUCACAAAUACAACUCGUUUGAACCAUAUAAUAGAUAUGUUAAAGUAAGAAAUUCGUCACUAAACAUUGGUUCCCUCACACCAGAAAUGCGUACAAUGGAAUAUCUUAUGUAUUUUGAUGAAACCCUCUGGAAGAAACAAGUCGAAAUAAAGAUGAAUAUAGAUAAACUAAUUGUAAAUAAAGCUUUGGCUGUACUUGACGUCCUCAGCCUUUGGCUUUUUGAUCCAGAACCCAAUUUCAUUUUCAAUUUAGGAGUGCGUUGUAAUGGGUCUUUUGGAUUAACAUUUGAAGGAGCGUUUUCACAACCAGCACGAUUUAAGCAUGGAGAGUGGCGCCCUGCUAAACAUUUCCCAUUGCCAAAAGAUCCAAACAUGAAUUUAAAAUAUUUGGAGGAUAUUGCUAACUUAAUGAUGACAUUGAAAAAGACUGACUUACCUAAACUUAAUCCAUACACACCCUGUACAUGCAAACCCAAAUAUUUUAAGAAAAAAGAAUUUAGAGUCUAUUGA